AUGACAAGACGGAAAUGGUCCGACCCCCCACGACCCCUCCUUCGUUCCUUCCGUCAGAGGCUAGUCCUCACCUUCCAUCUCGCAAUGACUUCGUUUAAGGGUCCACCGGGCUCGAGGGUGACUGAUUAUAGCCUCUCGAGGCUUCCAUACCUACCGGUCUUGGGAUUGCUCCUGCUCUCACUCCUGUUGACAAUUAUAAACUUCUCUACCUCCAGUCCCCUCCUUGUCUCCGCACACACAGAUUUUUUCUAUCAAUCCACUCACCUCUUCCAGCCACCGGAUCCCAGCCGACCCUGUAGACACAUCUUCCGCAACGAUGUGGACACCAGCGCCCUACUGGCAGACUUUGUCCUUGAAGGCAUACCCAUUCCAACUUAUCAGUCGCCGGACCAGGCUGCCGGUCUACUCUACAACGCCAGCAUUCAUGUGCGUCAGGUGGCGAAACGUCCCGCCUUUUCCAUCUACCCUGUGCGCAAGGACUUUCCCAUUCUUGCCGGACCCUUCAGUAGAAGGACAGAUUUGGGCCGGUGUUGGGUUAAUGUGCAGUUUGGAGCCCGGUACAUAUUUUUUAUAGAGCGUCCCAACUGGGCGGGCUUUUUUCAGAUUACUCAAAUUCCUGUCCGAUUCACUGUCAAACGUUGGCAAACUAUUCAAAACAUCGUGCGACGUGGGGUCGCCAAUGACCAGUCCCAACUGCAUUUCAAUUCGACCCCCACCACAAUCAAGCUUAUUGAUAGUCUAGUCCAUUACUUUUGA